UCUCUGUUAGCCUGACAGAUCAAUGGAGAACACAUCCCAACCCUUUCCACCUGUGUCCAACACCUCCAACCUCAAUGCCUCCUCCAUCUCUCCCCUCUGCCCCUCCUUCAUCACCCGCUUCGUCCUCCCCUCCCUCUACACCCUCCUCUUCCUUACGGGUCUCCCGGGCAACGCUCUCUCUCUCUGGGUGUUCUUGAGGCGUAUCCCCACCCAGACCUCCACCCAUGUCUACCUGUCCCACCUGGGCCUGUCCAACCUGUGCCUCUCCCUCACCACCCCCUUCCUGGCUGCUUACUACUCACAGGUAACUGACAUUUGGAUUGGUACUGCAUCUUGCCCAAAUUUGGUAUUUGCCACCCUUUUUGUAAAGCAUGAUAUUUUCUUAUAAUCCAGGUGUUAUGUGAAAAUUAUGUAAACUUUUUCAUAAAAUCGUGAAACUUGGUUCACUUGUAAUGUUUGGGGCCCUGAACAUUUUCAGAAAUGGAGGCAUCGGAAAAACCGUGGCGGCAAGUUUGAAUUCCGCCAUAACCAAAGAAUGUUAUUUUGCGUCAUAUCUCCUAAACCAAACAUGAUAUUCCAGAAAAGGUGAUGUCUACCCCUAUGUUUUGAUGGUCAAGGAUUACAAUGAUGUUGUUGUGUUACAAAGUGGGAUUAAAAUGGAUUUAAUUGUCAUUUGUUUGUCAACGAUCUACACAAAAUACUUUAAUGUUAAAGUGGAAGAAACAUUUGAACAUUUUUAAAACACUAAUAUAUCUUGAUUAGAUAAGUAUUCAACCCCCUGAGUCAAUAUAUGUUAGAAUCACCUUUGGCAGCGAUUACAGCUGUAAGUCUUUCUGGGUUUGCACACCUGGAUUGUACAAUAUUUGCCCAUUAUUCAUUUAACAAUCCUUUAAGCUCUGUCAAGUUGGAUGCUGAUCAUUGCAAGUCUUGCCAUAGAUUAUCAAGCCGAUUUAAGUCAAAACUGUAAAUAAGCCACUCAGGAACAUUCAGUGUCGUCUUGGUAAGCAACUCCAGUGUAUAUUUGGCCUUGUGUUUUAGGUAUUGUCCUGCUGAAAGGUGAAUUUGUUUCCCAGUGUCUGUUGGAAAGCAGACUAAACCAAGUUUUCCUCUAGGAUUUUGCCAUUACGUUAAUUUUUUAUCCUGAAAAACUCCACCGUCCUUUACAAUUAUAAGCAUACCCAUAACGUGAUGCAGCCACAACUAUGCUUGAAAAUAUGGAGAAUGGUACUCAGAAAUGUGUUAUAUUGUAUUUGCCCCAAACAUAACACUUUGCAUUCAGGACAAAAAGUUAAUUGUUUUGCCACAUUUUUUGCAGUAUUACUUUAGUUCCUUGUUGCAAACAGGAUGCAUGUUUUGGAAUAUUUUUAUUCUGUACAGGCUUCCUUCUUUUCACUCUGUCAAUUAGGUUAGUAUUGUGGAGUAACUACAAUGUUGUUGAUCCAUCCUAAAUUGUCUCCUAUCACAACCAUUAAACUCUGUACCUGUUUUAAAGUCACCAUUGACCUCAUGGUGAAAUCCCUGAGCGGUUUCCUUCCUCUCCGGCAACUGAGUUAGGAAGGACGCCUGUAUCUUUGUAGUGACUGGGUGUAUUGAUACACCAUCCAAAAUCAAAUUAUAUUUGUCACAUGCGCCGAAUGGGCAAUGCAAAUAGUCUGGGUAGCCAUUUGAUUAGAUGUUCAGGAGUCUUAUGGCUUGGGGGUAGAAGCUGUUUAGAAGCCUCUUGGACCUAGACUUGGCACUCCGGUACCGCUUGCCGUGCGGUAGCAGAGAGAACAGUCUAUGACUAGGGUGGCUGGAGCCUUUGACAAUUUUUAGGGCCUUCCUCUGACACCGCCUGGUAUAGAGGUCCUGGAUGGCAGGAAGCUUGGCCCCAGUGAUGUACUGUCCGUACACUCUACCCUCUGUUGUGCCUUGCGGUUGGAGGCCGAGCAGUUGCCAUACUAGGCAGUGAUACAACCAGUCAGGAUGCUCUCGAUGGUGCAGCUGUAGAACCUUUUGAGGAUCUGAGGACCCAUGCCAAAUCUUUUCAGUCUCCUUAGGGGGAAUAGGUUUUGUCGUGCCCUCUUCACGACUGUCUUGUUGUGCUUAAUUAAUAACUUGACCAUGCUCAAAGGGAUAUUCAGUGUCUGCUUUUUUUUUUUUUUUUACCCAUCCACCAAUAGUUGCCCUUCUUUGCGAGGCAUUGGAAAACCUCCUUGGUCUUUGGGGUUGAAUCUGUGUUUGAAAUUCACUGCUCGACUGAGGGACCUUACAGAUAAUUCUAUGUGUGGGGUACAAAGAUGAGGUAGUAAGAAAAAUUGUUUUUUUAAACUGCACUAAGUCCAUGCAACUUAUUAUGCGACUUGUUAAGCAAUCUUUUUUACUCUUGAAGUUAUUAAGGCUUGCCAUAACAAAAGGGGUUUAAUACUUAUUGACUCAAGACAUUUCAGAUUUUCAAUUUUAAUUAAUUUGUAAACAUUUAGAAAAACAUAAUUCCACUUUGACAUUAUGUGGUAUUGUGUGUAGGCCAGUGAAAAAACUCAAUUUAAUCAAUUUUAAAUUCAGGCUGUAACACAACAAAAUCUGGAAAAAGUCAAGAGGUGUGAAUAUUUUCUGAAUGCACUGCACAUACAUGCCCAUGAAAUCACCAACUCCCUGGGUCCAGACAAAUCAAAGGCCCUUCUUGUGUUCCAUGAAUUUACAAUGUCCACAUUCACAACCAGGGGCUGGUAGAGCACGGCGCUUGUAACGCCAAGGUAGUGGGUUCGAUCCCCGGGACCACCCAUACACAAAAAAAUAAUAAUGUAUGCACACAUGACUGUAAGUCGCUUUGGAUAAAAGCGUCUGCUAAAUGGCAUAUUAUAUUAUAUGGCAGCAGCAGACAACUGUAUGGUUCUGUAUGCCACAGACAUAAUAUUCUAUUGUGUAUGUUGUCAGAAACUGUGAUUUCAUUGGAUUUCUUCCCAAUGGCGGUCCACAAUUAUAUAAUAACCAGAACUAUUUGUCUUGUAGACAGCUCAUUUGUAAUCCUGACCAUCAAAACAUAGGUGUAGACAUCACCUUCUCUGUGUUAUCAUGUUUGGUUCAGCAGAUAUGACAGAAAAUACAUUGUCCGGUUAUGGCGGAAUAGCAAAAUGGCCGCCACGGCCGCCAGGCCUUGUUUUUGAUGUUGUGCAUGGCAUCAUUGUAAUCCUUGACCAUCAAAACAUAGGAGUAACAUCACAUUUACUGUGUUAUCGUGUUUGGUUCAGAAGUUAUGACGCAAAAUACAUUAUUUGGUUGUGGCAGAAAGGAAAAUGGCCACCACGGCCAUUUGCCUCCAUAUCUGAAAAUGUUCAGGGCCCCAAACUGUACAAGGAUACCAAGUUUCAUGCUUUUAUGAAAAAGUGAACGUAUCACUUCAAAUUUGGCACAUUUCGCCUGGACUAUUAUGAAUGAUUUAUGAAGUCUCUAUAAAGGCCUAUAUAUGAUUUAUUAAGCAUCUAUAAAGGCCUAUAUAUGAUAUAUGAAUCAUCUAUAAAGGCCUAUAUAUGAUUUAUGAAGCCUCUAUAAAGGCCUUGUAAAUAAUAAUAAUAAAGAAUUUAAGUCUUAAAAGUCAUGUUUUGUGUGGCAGAUUUAUAAUUGUUUUAAAUUAUCUACCAAUCCUGAGUAAGGGAUGUGUCACAUGAUCUACCAAUGAAGGGAGGGGUCACAUGAUCUACCAAUCAAGGGAUGGGUCACAUAUGUCGUAAGACACGUAAAGAUAAAUAAGAACAGUAAAAAAAAAAAUCCUUGUCAAUUCCUUCCUAGGGUCCAGCUUGGCUGGUGUGGAGCCCCCUGUGCCAGCUGGUCCUCCAUGGGGUCACACCCAUUCAGCAGAUCAACAUCUACAUCAGCAUCUUCAUCUUGACCUGGGUGGCUCUCAGCCGCUUCGCCACCCUCAUCCAGCACACCCAUGCCAGCCGCCCCAGCACUUGCACCACCCUGCUACCCCUUGCCUUCUUCACCAGGCUGAGACGGGUGAGGUUCGCUAAGGCCGUGUGCGCCGGGGUCUGGAUAAUGGUGGUGGUGGCCAUAGUACCCGUGACAGUUUACUAUUCAGUGAGGGAGACGAAGGUGGGUGGAGGUGGUGAGAAUGGAGGGAGAGGAGGACGGGGUGAGGAGAAGGGGGGGAGGGUGUGUUACAGUGUGGCAAUGGAGAUGGGGGGAAGCCUGUCGAGGGGGGCGAUGGUGGUGGCCAUUGUGAUCUUCUUCAUGUGUUUCCUGCUGGUGCUGACGUCGUACAUGGCGGUGGCGAGGCAUAUAUGGAGGUCGCGUCGGAGUGCCGCUGUCAACGGCUCCCAGAAGCUGCUGGGAAGAGUGUUCCGGAACAUCGUGGUGAUCCAGGUGGGGAUUCGUUCUUCUGUCUAUUUUGAAUCUUUUCUUACUGAUAGACUAAGACUCACAGAUGCUAUUCGCUAGACAGCUAGUCGCUUUAUAUCUAAACGACUUUAACUUCUCAUCUCAACCUUUCCUCCUCUCCUCUAUUCCUCCUCCUCCUCAACUCCAGGUGGUUCUGAUAGUGUGCAUGUUGCCUUACCACAUCUUCAAGUCCAUCUUUGUCUCCAUUGUCCAGCACCAAGCUGACCCAGCCACCACCACCACCAGGGGGCCCUGCCAUCCUCUCUCUGCCAUCGUUGAGGUCAACAACACUUUAAUAUAUCCUUUAAAUUAAAAGGUGCAGCAGUUUACCAUUAUCAAUAGACAAUAUACUAUAGGUUUACUAUAGGCAAUAUUUUUCCAUUCAUUUUGGCUCAAGAGCACUUCCAGAAGCAAAUCAUGUUUUGUGGAGUUGAGUUUUAUCAGUCUGAGGUAUAUUACAUGAUGUAGAGUUUAUAGCCGUCUAACUUCGUAACAGUAUGUUGAUUUUUGUCUCAGGUCAAGAACUUACUGCUUUGUCUCACCGUGCUGCGGUGUUCUGCCGACCCAGUGAUGUACUUCUUGUUGGACAAGACCUUCCACAGGCAUGUCAUGUUACUGCUUAGGCUCCACCCACAGAAGCCCAGCAGCCAAUCAUCCAGCGGGGCCACCACCAGAGCCAAUCCAAAUGGUGUGAGGUUGGAGGAGACUGUGUGUCAUAAGGGUGAGGGGCCAUGGAAAGAGUCAUUCUCGGUGAACUGGAGUCAGGGAAGUGCUCUGUAAAGUUGUUUUAUUUUUUACAUUGACCAUUUUCAUCACCUCAUUCAACAACAUUCAUUAAAUUGACCAGGAGAAAUGAGUCCAGAACUUUUACCAUGUGGUGCUGUUUUUUUCACUCCCAAUUCAUUCAAAGAGCACCUUGUAUAUUUAUGAGGGAGAGGGAGAAGUAAUGUGCAACUUGAUAUGUAUAUUUUUAAUGCUACUGCCUCUGAUCUGGCGGUCUCACUAAACACACAUGCUGUCGUUUGUAAAUUAUGUCUGAGGGUU